AGAGAGAGGGAGGGAGGGAGAGAAGGUGAAGAGACACACAAACACCAACACUAUUAGACACCUGUCGCCUGACUGUACAGGUGGAGACAGUGAACAUUGGAUAUCUGAACUUGUAGGUUUCCCUGGAGGACUCCUCUUUAACUGUUUUUCAUUUUUUUACUUUCUGGACCUUUUAAAUUAUUUUUUUGUGUUUUGUACUUUGUACUAGUUUACCUUUUUUUUUUUUUACACCACCAGUGGACGUAGUUAAUGGUGUUUAAAUCUCAACACUGAGGAAUAUUUUGAGGAAUAUAAAAACUGACUUUUCAGCUGUUUAUCCAGUUGACUGAAUACCAUCAUUUAGUGUAAGCUGCGUAAUCAUGGCAGAAUUCCCAUCCAAGGUUAACACAGAGACCGGCUCUUCCAAUGCCCAGACCUCUCAGCAGGGGGGCAACAGCCUCCGAGGGCUGGCCUCUAACGUCACCGUAAGGAUGGACAUGACCUUCAUCCAAAGCAUCCCAUCCAUCCUCAUGAUGGUGGAAAUAGUUAUGGGGCUGCUCCACUGGGCACUGAUAGCCAGCGCCCCCUACACAGUGUUACCAGUGUACGGCUGGGUUAUGUUUGUGGCCGUCACUCUGUGGAUCCUCACCACCAUCCUCUUCUUCAUGAUCCUGUUCGGGGCCCAGGAAAAACUCACCUUUGUCCCCUGGCCGUUGACGGUGAUGGGGUAUAACGGCAUAGCAACACUCCUUUAUUUGACCGCCUUCUUGGCCAACGCAGCAUCUGUGCAUCCCUUCAAAUAUUCUUAUUUCCAUGGACAUUUUGGAGCAGCUGCUUUCUUCGCUGCCGUGGUCACAUUGGCGUACGGUGCCAGUGCUUUCUUCUCCUAUUUGGACUGGAAGGGAGAUGGAGGAAACGCAGCCACCAACUCAGUGCCGACCUAGGACAGAAAACUGUGACGCUGAUCAGGAGAAAGUCAUGUUUUCUCCUCCAAAAUUUUGAAUACUGUCACUCAACCACAACUGCUGACUCUGGGAACCCAGACCUCAGUAGACCUUUCAUUCACAUUAUGGGAACAAAUUGUUUUUCAGCACUGGAUAAUCCAAUCAGAUGUUGCUCAGAUUCUGCAUCCUGACAUAAUACUUUGAUGAAGUGGCUUUGUUGGGUAACUUUCCAGUUGCCACUUGCCACACUCACUCAUUUCUUGGAUGGGGGAAUUAAUUCAUGUUCCAGCUAUGAAAAGUCAAGUACAUAACCACUGAAAAACUACAACUUGUGUUUACAAUGAGAACAAGUUAUGACAUGAUAAAGUAAAGUGCUUUAUAUUGGCUGGAAGCUCACCCAGCAAGCAUUUUUUGAUGAAAAGACAUUCAAAAGAGUUUUCAUUGACUAUUUGAAGACAUUUAUCUAUACAUAGAUUAACCUCUAUUAUUUUGACUGUUUGAAAUUUUUUUGAGAUUUGGUCUUAGACCCAAUUUCAACCUGUUUUCAACACUAAAAUCCCAGUGAGUGCUCACUGGGCACCUGUAAUAUAAGCACUCGUGCAAUCAGCCAUCUUGCCAUUUAAAGUCUCUAUAGAUUAAAUAAUGUCUCUAAAUGUCAAUGUUGGUGUAAAGCUGUAAAGUUAUGUACUUGAUCCUCUUCAUUGAUAAAAAGUUUUGAUUUAACGAUAUGGUGUUGAACUUUUCUGACCCUAAGUGUCUCUAGUCUAGUCUACAAACCCCCAAUCAUAAGAAAAUUCCAUCCUCUCCAUCUUUUGCCUGCUCCACUUUUCCCUUUGUGACAUCACAAAGAGCAGUAACCCCCCCCCCAACAUUAAUCCCCUGGCAACACUAGACUAAUUGGUGAACGGCUAUCUGUCUCCCAAUUUUAUUUGCAGCACCAUGCUGUGCUAUUUAACAAGGAAAAACAUUAAAAUUACAAAUUACACUUUACCAUGUUUUUCUAACACUAACAUGUGUCCCUUGUCUGUCGACAAUCCCAGCUAUGAUGAGAAAAGUCCAUCCUCUGCGUCUUUUGCCUGCUCCACUUUUCAGAAAAUGUGUGCUCAAACAGGCCGUUUGGAGAUUUUCCCUUCAUGACAUCACAAAGGGCAGUAGCCCCUCCCCCAGGUGGGUGACACUCCCACAGCUAGGUGUUUGUUCUGCCCUCUGAGUCUGACUUCUCACCAUAAACAAUAGGACAUGGAGCGAGGAAACCUGAGCCACCCAAGUCCUCCCAGAGAGGGGGUGUGGUCAGACACAGCUCAUUUACAUAUUUAAAGGUACAGACACAGAAACAGCCUGUUCUGAGGAGGGCUGAAAUCGAGGGGUUUAUAGGCAUGAUCAAAUACAGGAUCAGAGUGGAUUUAGAACAAAACACUUCACAGACAUGUUUUUGGUAGCUCUGAGAAUUAUUUAAACUGGUUGGAAAGCAGGAUAAUAUGUGACCUUUAAGCCUCCUAACAUGGUCUGUAAAGAAUACAUGCUCGUGUAGUCUGUUUCCUGCUGAUAUCCAUUUCAAUUCCCUUUGUAGAUCUCACAUAGGAACCUAUAUUUAUUCAACAUGGGCCGAGGAAAAGCACCACUGAUGAAUGUACCAAAUGAGAUUUAAAAAUGUACUGUUUUAGUUAGUUACUGAAGUAUAUCAUGAAAAUGCAACUUUCUGCAGGACGUCAUCCAACUAAUGAUUCAAAUGUGGUUCCACAAAUGGGACAUAAAGCCGUGGAAAAAUGUGUAACCCAUUUCUGUGGUUUACAUUAUUGAUUGCCGAGCUCCUGUUUUAUGUGCCUUUAUGAGGUAUUUUGUGUUUUUGUACAAAAAACAAGUAUGCUGGUGAAAUCCUGCAGCGAGUCCUGGGGCUCCACCAUGCACCUGGUCCAAUAAAGCAAGUGAUGAUUUCAAAUGAA